AUGGCCAAGGCAGCUGACGACGUAGGGUGCAGUGGGCACAGCUCCCCUCCCGCCCAUCGCCUGGGCGCUACCACCCCGCCUUUCCCUCCGUCAGCUGCUGCUGCCGCUGUCUCGACCCCUGCCGCUACUGCUGCUGCUGCCACUGCUGGUGGUGCUACCACUGAGAGUGGAGCGGUGGUUAACCACGCGCACAAGACCACCACGCACAACGCGCAGCUCAUCAUGGCAGGGGACUUUGAGCAGGCCAACCACUUUUACCCUCGAGUACUGAACGCGCAGAUCCACCCGCUGGUGUCGUCCGCAUUCAUCGCGCGCUACGUGCACCUGCGGCCCAAGGUCAACCAGGACAAGCUGCGCGACAUUUUGCGUGGGCUGGGAUCUGACCUGUUCAACGUCACAACAGACUCGGGGCAGCACCAGAUGAUCGUGAUCGAGACCAACUCGUGCCCGUCGGGCCAGAAAUCGAUGCCGCUGCUGCAAGACACCGACGAGUGCGGCGGGUACCGGGUCGUGCUCAAGUCUGCGUUCAAGGACCUGCUCGCAGCGACCGAUGUCGAGGGCGAGCUGGCGGUCGUGUUCGACAAGAACCCCAUGGAGGCGUCGGGGUAUGCUGCGGCGCUGGCCGAGGAGUCGGGCGAGCACGUGUGGCUGGUGGAGUACCACGAUGGCGACAGCGAUGCGCCGGUGCGGUGGACCGACGACAACAUCAUGGAGAUCCGCGACGCCGGUGGCAACUGGCACGCGAUCCGGGCAUGCUUCCGGUACGUGACGCAGCGGCCGUGGAACCGGAUCCCGAUCUCGGCGCGCACGCGGAUCCUCAAUCCGGUCAUUGCGUGUCUGGCGGGCGGGCGCAACAAGAUGAUGGCAGCGCGUGCGUACGAGAUCUUCAACUCGGAGAUGCGGGGGUACAACCUGUCGGUGCGGAUGCCGCUGACAGUGUACAACGUCGUGCGCGACGAGAUCCCGGUGUGGAUCGACAGCAUGGGUGGCCACGCGGUGAUCAAGAACCCGUACAGCAACGCCGGGCAGGGCGUGUGGACGAUCACCAACCGCGCGGACCUCGACGCGUUCAUGGCGCUGGACCACCGGUACGACAAGUUUAUUGUGCAGAGCCUGGUUGGCAACGCGUCGUGGUCCAGCACCACGCACGACGGGUGCUUCUACCACGUGGGAACCAUGCCCAACAAGAAGAACAACAUCUUUGUCAGCGACAUCCGCAUGAUGGUCUCGGCAGCCUCGGACGGGUUCCGGCCCGUCAGCCUGUACGCCCGGCGCGCGCGCAUGCCGCUGGUGAGCAACCUGAGCGAUGACCCGACGGCCACGUCGUGGGGCAUGCUGGGGACGAACCUGUCGGUCAAGCAUCCGGACGGGUCGUGGACCACCGAGUCGCAGCGCCUGCUGCUGAUGGACCGCAAGGACUUUAACCAGCUCGGCAUUGGCAUCGACGACCUGAUCGACGCCUACAUCCAGACCGUGCUCAGCGUCAUUGCCAUCGACAAGAUGUGCCAGCGCCUGGUCGACGACGGCGGCAAGUUCAACUACGACCUGUUCCGGGCACUGAACCCGGACGACGCGUUGCUCAAGGAGAUCGCCAUGUGA